AUUUCCUGUGCUCAAGUACAGAAUGAGUCUAUGUUGUUUAUAGAACUAUCAGAAAACUAAAACUAAGGUAAUUGGUCGGAAUGAAAAACAAGCACGCAAACCCUCCAGGACCAGAGUUGUGCACCGCUGUCAUAUAACAAUAAGCUGUCCUUGGAGUUUUUUUCCUAAUGCGUUACUAGUCCUUUAACAUACAGCCGGCCUCUGACCUGUGACAUCAUCUGAGGAAAAAGAAAAAACGCUGCAGUCGGAGAGGUUGGGAGUGCGGCGGAGUUCAACUUUUCCCCCCUCAUUUCGAGAGAAUCCCAAACGCGAUUGUUCUGAGCUAGAGGACAAUGCGAAUUAAGGGGUCACCUUAAAAGGUAGCAUUUCCACGAACUCUGACGCAUUUUCCCCGAAAAGGGCGUCACAAAAUAUCUCAUUUUUAAGGACUGACUUAUCCUUAGGUGGACCCCUGGAAAUGUUUGCAUAGUCAUUUGUGUUAGCUUUACAAAAGCUGAGGUGUUGACCGACGUUGUCGAGCUAGUUUGAAAAGACGCGAAAUUGCCUCGACGCACUGAGACUUCUGCAUUCGGAUACACUUGGUGCUUGGAUACACUUGCCAUGGCCGGAGCGACGUCGAUCGAAGCCGUGAAAAGAAAAAUACAGACCUUGCAACAACAGGCGGACGAUGCGGAGGACCGGGCCGAAAGUCUCCAACGGGAGGUGGAUGCAGAGAGACAGGCCAGAGAAAGAGCUGAGGCGGAGGUGGCCUCUCUGAACCGCCGCAUCCAGCUGGUGGAGGAGGAGCUGGACCGCGCCCAGGAGAGACUGGCCACCGCGCUGCAGAAGCUGGAGGAGGCGGAGAAGGCCGCCGACGAGAGUGAGAGAGGCAUGAAGGUCAUUGAGAACCGGGCGUCGAAGGACGAGGAGAAAAUGGAGAUCCAGGAGAUGCAGCUGAAGGAGGCCAAACACAUCGCUGAGGAGGCCGACCGCAAAUACGAGGAGGUGGCCCGUAAGCUGGUGAUCCUUGAGGGCGAUCUGGAACGUUCUGAGGAGCGUGCUGAGGUGGCCGAGGCUCGAGUGAGGCAGCUGGAGGAGGAGCUUAGGCUAUUGGACCAGAAUUUGAAAUCCAUGAUGUCCACAGAGGAAGAGUACUCGCAAAAGGAAGAUAAAUACGAGGAGGAAAUAAAAGUCCUCACGGACAAGCUCAAAGAGGCGGAGACGCGUGCCGAGUUUGCGGAGCGCUCCGUGGCUAAACUUGAAAAGACCAUCGAUGACUUGGAAGAUCGUUUCCACAAGGAGGUGGAGAAAAGCCGCGUCCUCAGUAACGAGCUGAGGGUUGUGCUUAACGAGCUUAACAGCUGAGUGACUGACAGCAGUUGCUGCAACACCCCCCCCCCCCCCCCCACACCCCUUUCCUUUCUUCCAAACGCACGCAUUGGACAUGGUCCUUACUGUAUGGCCACCUGAGAGGACUGAAGUCCCGCCCAAGUUCUGCCAACAGCCAUUUUUAUGUUUGCUUAGACUGGGGACACCUAGUGGUCAUGUAAAUUCAUUUAACCUCUGAAAUUGAGAUUAAAUAAGAAAAAUUUUAAAAGAGAAAUGAAAAUUUGGGCUUCCCCCCACAAACCCCAAAUGGUCUGUUUUUACAUUUCAUUUCGUCUGUAUCAGUACUGGGUCGGAUUCGUCCUUUCUAGGGUGGCUUCUACUGGCGACCACUGGACACUGACCAACUCUGAACCAAUUUUUCACCUCUCAACACCCCUCCAACUUCCCAAAUAUGGUAAACACUCCAGAUGAUGCAAUUCGAACUGUUCACUUCAAUCUGGGCGAAGGUUUCAGACACAUGUGGAUCCCUCUGUUCCUUGUUGGUCAUUCCAAACUGAGCCUUUAAAACAAAAAUGAACAAAAAUAAACAUUUUCUCGCAGUAAAAAUAUUAACUUCCUGCCAUUUUAACCAUCACAGCGGUGCAUUUCAGUCUGUUUUCUUUUUCUCUUGGAGUGUCUUUGCAAACAGAGCGGAUCUCUCUAACCCCCGAUCUGUCUUAAGCCAGUGCUGAACAUGCGUGUCCUGGUUUAAAAGGUGCAAACACGUGAAUGCCUGGGUGUUUGUACUGGAAACACUCAUGUUCAGUGCGGUUAUGAUGGACAGGGGCGUUUGGAUCAGACAUAAACACAAAUAGGCAUUUAAUCAGUUUCCCUUUAAGCAGGCUGUGUGCAUCUAAAUUGAAUAUUUCAUCUGAAAGGUUGAAAAGUGUUAGUGGAUGUCUCACACCAUCUUUGUAUUUGUGAUUGUUUUCAUUUUAUGCACAUGAUUUUGCAGGUAUAUGUAUUUAAAAAAGUUAUGUAAAAUGGUUAAUGAGAAGUGUUCGUCGGUUCAGAGUUCUUCAGGAAUAGGAUUCCUUCAUUCACAAGCUUGGAUUCUCUUACCUGUAACACCACACACAGUUUCACGGGUUUAAAAAGUGAGCUGCAUGAAUCUACUGUUCAAAGAUGGGAGGAAUUCCACUCUUCAGAAUGGGGAAAAAUGGGAGUAGCAGGCUUAUGUUUUGGACUGAUAUCGGGGGAAAUCAUUGUUGAUUCUUCCGGUCCACAUUAUUGUCAUAAUGAGUGUUAAUGCUAAACUCAUUUAUGAACCUGUCUGUGUAUCUGAAUAACUGCUUAUUUUGCACAUGCUGCCAUUUUUAAUUAUUUGAAUUUCAACAAAAGGAAUUGGCCAGUGGGACGUAGUGGGACACUGGUACAUCGGAUGUUUCCUUUUGUUUUGUCAAUGCAAUUUCAUGGACUUCAGUGUCUAAAUGCAUUUCAGUGUACUUGUGUUCAGGAUUGAAAAUACGUGGUCUUCCAGGUUUAGUUUGUUUAUUCAGAAUUCAUUCAGACGUGUGAACUUUUAACUGGAUUGGAAUUGGAAAUAACUCACUGAAGAACCACAUAUAAAAAAAAUAAUAAAAAUAAAAAUAAUGGCACAAUUUAAUUCAGUAUUAUUUUGCCUGCUCUGAAGGAAGCUAUGCAAGUGAUUUCAAACACCUGCUUCCAUAUUUUAUGGUGCCAAGACCUUGUACUGCUUUCAAAGUGAAAGGAUGGCUGCAGUAACCUCACCCAAGUCAUUGCAUGUGUGCAGAAAUGCUGCAGUGCGCUAAAAAAAGAAAAAGCAGUUUGCCUAAUGCAAACUGCUUAUGCUAAUGAUCUGUGCUACUCAAGAUCUCUUCCAACAUGUCUGAAGCGUAUAGAAAGAUCUAAUUUAUACUUGUAUUACUACCUCUGAAUAGCAGCCCACUUGAGGUACAUUGUAAUGUUUUAAUAUUAUAAGAUUAUUACAUUGUAUAAUAUUGUAAUAUUGCACAUUUGUGUAAUGUAGAAUAUUUUUUGUCUGUUGUUAAAGUGUUCCACUUGUUUCAUUCUGUAUUAUGGGUACAUACUGAAUACCCUGGUAAAAAGGAUGCUUGAUUUGUUUACCUCAGCUGUAAUACAUUUUGUUUCGGUUUUUUUAUGAUUCAGUUUUGCUGCACACUAUUUAGUAUGUGUGACAUCACCCUCUUCCUUCUGUAAGCGUCCCUUUGUGCAUGAUGUAAUCCAAGCCUUGCCUGACAUUCAGCUGCACACAAAGACUGCACUCACCCAGCCGGCCCACUAGCUCAUCCAGCCAGCCCAUUGGCUCCCUCUGCAGCGGCUCGUUCGGUUACAGUACAGCGCCGGCCAACCCGGUAAAGGGCUCUCUUUCUGAGCGACCGUCAGCGUUUCAGGACGCUGGGGAUGCCCCCCGGGAAAUCGGGGACACAUUAGCCAGCACCUGCGUGGACCCGCUUGGCUUCCAGACCCCGAAACCCCCGGCGCACUGCCACGUCUGGAUUUGCCUGGGCCUCUCUGGCCCCCCUUUGAAGUCCCUUUUUUUAAUCGAGGAUUUGGUCUUUUAGUUAAAAUUUAAAUGUGGCAAUUUAGAGAUUACAAAACAGAUCUUUGAACCCGAAUCAGACUUCAUUGGCCCCAGUA